GCGAUUUUGCAAUCUUUGACAAACUUUUAACAUCAACAGGCAGCGAUACCACUUUAAGAAAAUUCCAAGGAAAAGACAACCCCAUUUUAAAAUUCCCACCUCUGGCUCCCCCGGAUUGGGUUGCAAACUUCCACAAAAUACUAUCCUCCACUCCCUAUUGGUGCAUGCUCUAUCAUUCAUUCUUCGCCUGGAGUUUUGUGAGCUACCAGGUUGCUUUACGGGAAAAGGCUGCUAUAAUUUAGUCUGCAACUGCUCUGCUUUAGACUUUUCCAUGGUGAUUAAUCUGUACAAAGAAUCACCAAACUGAUAUAGCGGGAGCCAAACUGGCAAAUCAGGCUGUGGAGACAACUGUGUAAUUCGCUCGAAAAAGAAACAGAGAUCCUCUCCUGCGUACCCGAGGACAAUGUAUAUAAAAAUAUGCAAGAAUCAAAGGAAACCCAUAUAUCCAAUCACCUAGAUGAAAUUGUUGCUGCUGUCAGUAUUACGCCUAGAAAGAAGAUUCAAAACAAACUGCCUCAGACAGCACUAUUCCAGCCUCCUCGAGAGAAACUGCACCUCUGCGAAGAGAAAGCCAAGUCUUACUCUAGCAGUCACGAAUACGAACAGGCUAUCCGCGAGCUUGUACGCUGCAUGGCGCUGACGAGAAUUUGCUAUGGCGACUCACACUGGAAACUGGCAGAGGCACAUGUUAAUCUGGCUCAAGGCUACCUCCAGCUGAAAGGACUGUCCCUGCAAGCAAAACAGCACGCAGAAAAAGCCAAAGAAAUCCUCACCAGCUCCAUCGCGCCUCCCUAUAAUGACAAUACAGAUGUUUUCAGGUGUUCGAUUGAGCUGUUCCAUACCUUGGGGAGAGCCUUACUCUCCCUUCAGAAGUUUAACGAAGCUUCAGAGAAUUUGACAAAGGCAGAGAGACUUGCAAAGGAGCUGCUGCAGUGUGGAAGGAUCAUAAAGGAGGAAUGGAUAGAAAUUCAAGCACGGAUCAAAUUGUCAUUUGCACAGGUGUAUCAAAGUCAGAAGAAAUCAAAAGAAGCCCUGCCCCACUACCAAGAGGCUUUAGAAUACAUUGAGAUCAGUAGAGGUGAAAAAAGUCUGGAGUGUGUACCAAUACUGAAGGAAUUAGCAGGGGUAGAGCAAGCCCUGGGAGUUCACGACGCAUCCAUCAACCAUUUUCUCCAGGCGCAUCGCAUCGUGCUGAGCGGAAACCCGUCGCAGGAGGAGGCAGCGGUCUCUGCACAUCUGGUGGCCCGCGCUGCGGUCGCUUCUGGGAGGACCGGCCACCACGAUGUGGCCGAGCAGCAUUUUCAAGAGAGCAUGGCUAAUCUUAAGGAUGCCGAAGGGACGGGAAAAGCCAAAUUUCUUUCCAUUCAAGAUGAUUAUUGCCAUUUUCUACAAGUCACUGGACAAAAAGAGAGAGCAACCUCCAUCCUGAGAGAGUCCCUGGAAGCCAAAGUGGAAGUAUUCGGUGAUCUCAGUCCGGAGGUGGCAGAGACAUACCGGCUGUUAGGUGGGGCCGACCUGGCACAGGGGAACCAGAGUGGGGCGCACAAGAAACUAAAGAAGUGUCUUCAGAUUCAGACCCUCUUGUACGGAGCGCAGGACAAGAGGACUCUGGCCACCCAGCAGACAGUGGACGCCCUGUCCAAGGCCCCUGAGGUGGCCGCGAGGACGCGGCAGGCCCCGAAGGCCAAAGCGGCCUUCUGCACCGGCGCGCCGGGGAGGGCCCGGCCCAGCGCAGCCGACUGAGAGCCCCGCCCGCCCCGGGGAAGGCCCAGGCCAGGCCUGGGUGCUGACGUUCAGGGUGCUGUGUAAACCUCUCUGACUCGAAGAUGGAAUUCGACAGACUUCCGGGGCUGUCUGCUCCAGCCUGCCACAGAGUUGCCGCGUUGGGACCGCGGGUGCCCCUCGGGGUGCUAGGUGCGUCUAUAAAGCACGUUUCUUUUUAAUAU